AUGUCAUUAAAGAAACCACCCAAAGCAUUGUACGUACCACCAGCUUUAAGAGCGAACAAAAGUGCUAGCGAGGUCAAAAAAGAGUCAUCCUUUUUGGAAUCUCCAAUAUCACAUGCUUCUGUGGAUGACCAAACUGAUGUAGAACAACAAUUAAGAUCACUUACACUUUCUGACAGCUGCAUUGAUGACAAUGAAUGUGUAUUCAAAAAAAAACUUUUUAAUCAAAAGCUGUCACAUAAUGAUGGCAACAGUGAACCAGUCAUAAGGUUAAAAGAUUUCCAGCAUAUUUUAGAGUUAUAUAACUUUUCAAAAGACUUUCAAAAUUUUCACUUGGAAGCUGAACUCACAGGAUUUGAAGAUAGUGGAUUUUACCUUAAGUGGGUCGAUGAUACUCAUUGUUUAGCUGUAUUUUCUUCAAAUGAUGAAGCAAAUCGUGCAUUGGCUCAAAUAUCAGGACUUUUCAUGAAGGCUCGUAAAAUUAACGACGCCUCUUUGGCUAGUAAGUUGAAGAUUGCUCGUUCACCUGGUGACUGGACUAUGCCGUAUAAAAAACGACCAGUUACGACUAGUUCAACAGCUCGAAGACUAAUUUCCAAUCAUUUGGGUAUUGUUCCUACUAAAAUUAAAUCUCCUGAGGAAACUAUGAAAGAGGAACAAGAUAAAGCUCUCUUACGAGAAGCACGUGCUCGCGCGGAAGCUAUUCGUCAGGCACAGAAAUCUCUAUGGGAAGACGAUUAA